CCUAAGCGUCCCCGCCCUGGAGCUAGAAAGUGCGCAUGCGCCAGACGGUUUUCCCGCCCAAUUCUCCAGAGAGGCGACAGGACCUGCUGACGACGUCGACCUUGAUUGAGAACCAAGCCUAAUUUUCAAAGAUGCUGAAUUCAAAAGAGUGCAUGUUUUCGUUUAACAGUUUGUUUUUUGACGGACCAGAUGAAUCGGAAACGUAUCUUAACAGUGAAAAAACAAGUUGGUAUCUUCCACCACCUCCACUGAUUUCUGAAAUUCCAGACACUCAAACGUUGAAGGAAGAAUUGAGAGCACUGAAUCCAUCGGACCAGGAAGAAAACCAGAGAAGGUUUUUCAUAACUAAUGAAAAUACAGAUUGUAUAUCACCAACGCAAGAGUCUCAGUUGUACAUUUCCCCUAACAAGUACGAAGAAAUUGAACAGAAUUUAGGAGAGAGACAUAAAGGUGAUUUGCCACUUACUUCUUCCAAGCUGACUUACAACUAUGUCCAAGAUAAAUAUGAAAAUCAGAAGAGUACUCUGUCACAACUGGAGAGAAAUUAUCCAAAUACAACAUUAAUGGAUUUUCCAGGAGAAGAUAAGAAUCGGAGCGCUACAUUCCCAAAAAGAUUGUUUGAAGCAUCUAACUAUACCAGUGAAAAUGUGGAAUAUGAGAGUCCUACUAUGAAUUUUCAUAUCAGCUCAAUGAAAGAUUCUGAAACAGAGGUGAAAGAAGAGUUAUGGAGAGGGAGUAAUACUAAAAAGGCCCUCCAGUAUUCAUAUUUGAAUCCACUCCGUGCCAAGCAUAUUCUUCCCGAUUCUGAAACUGGAGAUGAUAUUUUCAAAACCCAAUCAUUUAAAGAGGCUUCAAAGUCAUUUUGUCCACUAGGAGCAGUGGGAAAAGAUCUAUGCAGAUUGCGGUCCGUUUCAGAAAUCCCUGCACAAUUUAGGAAUAUUUUCAAAGAAUUCCCCUAUUUCAACUAUAUUCAGUCCAAGGCUUUGGAUGAUAUUUUUUACUCUGACAGGAAUUUUGUGAUUUCUGCUCCAACUGGUUCUGGGAAGACCGUGAUAUUUGAACUAGCCAUAACGAGGUUAUUAAUGGAACUACCUAUGCCAUGGCUGAAUAUUAAAAUAGUUUACAUGGCACCUAUAAAAGCCCUGUGCAGCCAACGCUUUGAUGAUUGGAAAGAAAAAUUUGGCCCCAUAGGCCUGAACUGUAAAGAAAUUACCGGAGACACAGCCAUGGAUGACCUGUUUGAGAUUCAACAUGCCCACAUUAUUAUGACAACUCCGGAAAAAUGGGAUAGCAUGACGCGAAAAUGGAGAGACAAUUCCAUGAUCCAGCUGGUCCGGCUUUUCCUUAUCGACGAGGUUCACGUUAUAAAAGAGGAAAACCGUGGUCCCACUCUUGAAGUAGUCGUCAGUCGGAUGAAAACUAUACAGUCUGUGUCUCGCCUCUCGGAAAACACUGACACGGUUUUACCUGUGAGAUUUGUCGCUGUGUCCGCAACCAUCCCGAAUUCUGAAGAUAUUGCGGAGUGGCUGUCCGACGGGAAGAGACCCGCCGUGUGCCUGAAAAUGGACGAGAGCUGUCGACCGGUGAAACUUCGGAAGGUGGUCCUUGGCUUUCCCUGCAGUAAUCACAAGACGGAGUUUAAAUUUGAUCUGAUGCUCAACUAUAAGAUUGCCAACGUCAUCCAGACCUACUCCGAUCAGAAACCGGCACUUGUGUUCUGUGCCACGAGGAAAGGAGUGCAGCAGGCCGCAUCCGUUCUUGCAAAGGAUGUCAAAUUUAUCAUGUCCGUGGAACAGAAGCAAAGGCUUCAAAUUUGUGCCAAUUCAACAAAAGAUUCAAAACUGAGAGACCUCUUAAUGUGUGGAGUGGGUUACCAUCACGCUGGCAUGGAACUGUCCGACAGAAAACUAAUCGAAGGAGCUUUUACAGUUGGAGAUUUGCCGGUUCUCUUUACUACCAGCACCUUGGCUAUGGGAGUAAAUUUGCCAGCUCACCUCGUCGUAAUCAAGUCCACCAUGCAUUACGUUGGAGGAAUGGUAGAAGAAUACAGUGAGACGGAUAUUCUGCAAAUGAUUGGUAGGGCUGGCCGACCUCAGUUUGAUACUACAGCUACCGCAGUUAUCAUGACGAGAAUGCAUACUAGAGAGCAAUACAUGCAGUUACUAACUGGUGCCGAUACAAUAGAAAGCAGCUUGCACAGGCACCUUAUUGAACAUUUAAAUGCAGAAAUCGUACUGCGUACCAUCACUGAUGUGAAUAUAGCUUUGGAAUGGAUAAGAUCUACAUUUCUGUAUAUCAGAGCUCUGAAAAAUCCCGCUCAUUAUGGGUUUUCAUCUAGUUUGGAUAAAGUUGGAAUAGAAGCCAAAUUACAAGAGCUGUGUUUGAAGGACCUGAAUGCUUUAUCUUCUGCAAACUUAAUCAAGAUGGAUGAAGACGUUAAUUUCAAGCCAACUGAGGCGGGAAGACUAAUGGCUUGGUAUUAUAUCGCGUUUGAGACGGUGAAGAAAUUCGGUACAAUGAAUGGGACGGAGACUUUAUCAGACCUGGUAACAAUGAUAUCCAGCUGCAAUGAAUUCCUGGAUGUGCAAUUAAGGAUCAAUGAGAAGAAAACACUGAACACUCUAAAUAAAGACAAGAAUAGAAUAACUAUCAGGUUUCCAAUGGAAGGGAAAAUAAAGACGAGGCAAAUGAAAGUAAAUUGUCUUAUUCAGGCACAGCUAGGAUGCAUUCCUAUACAAGAUUUUACUUUGACGCAAGAUACGGCUAAGAUUUUCAGAAAUGGCACGAGAAUUACAAAAUGGUUGUCAGAUUUUCUGGCGACAGAGGACACCAAGUUUUCGGCAUUAUUGAACAGUUUGAUUUUAGCUAAGUGUUUCAGGUCCAAACUCUGGGAAAACUCUCUUCACGUAUCCAAACAACUGGAAAAAAUUGGUGUGACCUUAUCAAAUGCAAUGGUAAAUGCAGGCCUGACUUCGUUUAGAAAAAUAGAAGACAUAAAUGCAAGGGAACUGGAAUUGAUUUUAAAUAGGCAUCCUCCCUUUGGAAACCAAAUAAAAGAUACUGCGAUGCAUCUGCCUAAAUAUGAACUUGAAGUCGAGCAGAUUACGAAAUACGGUGAGACGGUGGCAGAGAUUUUAGUGACUGUCAUAUUAAGCAACUUUAAGCAGCUACAGACAAAGCGAACGGCACCAGAUUCUCACUAUGUAACCCUGCUCAUAGGAAAUGCAGACAAUCAAGUGGUCUUUAAGCAGAAAAUUAUGGAUUCUGCUUUGCUAAAAACUGGAAAUUGGACUAGGAAGCUUGAAGCCAAAAGAGCCCUUAAAUCUGAAGAUCUUAGCAUAAAUCUUAUUAGUUCUGAAUAUGUUGGACUCGAUAUUCGGCAGAAGUUUACUGCCUUUUACUUGGGCCCCAAAGUGUUUGGAUCCCGAACGGUUAUGCCCCGCAAAUCUGAAACCGAGCCUUCCCAGAGCAGACAUUCAGUUGUAUCUGCACCACCAAGAGUUGAUGCGGGAGGGACGUGUAACAAAAGCAUCUCCUGCAAGAAAUCUGGGACCAGAGAAUGCAACCAUCCCUGUAAAAAUAAAGAUACGUGUGGACAUGAUUGCUGUAAAAUUGGAGUUUCAAAGAAGGCAGAGGCGAGAGGGGACUUUAAGUUUUCCUCCUACCUGAUUGAUUUAAGAAAUAGGAAUUCAGGUUCCUCGGUUCCCCCGGCUAAACGCCUCAAGAUGCAGAUGACUGAAUCACAAAAUAUGAAUCUUAAACAAUUUGGGUUUUGCCCUAAAUCUUCACUUCCGAGGUUAUCAAGGACUGAAUGGGCACAGAUUCCUGAAGCUCCUUCAGCAGAACAGUGGGAUCGGCCUGAAUUCUGUGGAAAGUCUCAGUCACAACCGUAUCUGCCAUCUGAAUACGAUAAGUCGUCACUGCCACCUGAGAACUACGAGAUGAGGAGAUAUUCUGCAACUUCAAGGGAGGAAAACUCUCAAGCCACAAUUUCAAAGAGAAAUCUAAACGAAUCUGUAAUGCAUAACUUGACAGGCUCAGAUAAAUGCAAUCCUCAGUUGGCUGUGACCUUUGAAUUAGGAGAUGAAGUUUGGGAUGAUUUUGAUGAUGAAAAAUUACUACGUGCGUGCAACUUUUUAGAUGACACGGAGAGUACGGAAACUUCAGGAUCUGGGAAUACCUUCUUUCAAAGCGGUAAAGGGUACAAGAUGCCCCUCCAGAAGACGCAGAGCACAGUCCAAGGGGAAGUUUCAAACUGGGAAGUUUCAAACAGUGUCUGCACGGCACGAGAACGGUCAGAUGCCCUUUGGCAGACAUCCGUCUUUUCCUUGUUUAAUCCGACCUCCAAAGAAGAUCCGUCUCGGCUGCCCGGCAUCACAAGCACUCCCUACUUCCAGGAGAGAAAACUGUCUCCAAUUCCAGAGGUGGAAACUGUGAAGAUUAUUCCUCCCUGGGAGAAGAGCUCCAACUCUUUUCAUUUCGACAGAGAAGGAGACUCUUUCGUUUGCGGCGGCGAAGGAGGAAAAGAAACUGAUCUCAGCGUAUACCAUCCCGAUGACGAGACUAACGCUGAGACUUCUGCUGGAAUAUUUGAUGGAAUCUUCUAAAACGAGUAAAUGUAUUAGCUGCUUCGUGCGUGGUGACGGCAAAGCCGAAAUAACCAUUCGACAGAAGAAAUAUUUGUAUUAGUUUACCGGAGAAAUAUCGAGUAUUCGUUCCUGUCAACUUUCCUCUUAAAUGUCGAUUAGUUUCACUGUGUUCAUUAUGACUUUAUUUCAAACAUUUAAAUUACACUCUUGGAAUAUUUUGUUAAAUAUUUUGUUAAAUAUUGGCUUCAUUUUUACAUUUAACUAAGGGCAAUAAUUUGGAAAAGCGGAAUGUUCAUUCAGUAAACUUUGUAAUUGGAGGAUAUUAUUGUCCUCCGUUUCAUUAAAUAAAGCUCAAUCUAGCCAUUUGAAUCUCA